GUGGCAGAGACUGGCGCAGCUGAAAUACAGUGGUGCAGGAAUAGGCAGUAAAAGAUGUUCGCCACGCUGUUGUUCGUGUUGAUGUUCGCUCUGACUGCUGGGGAAGCAGGAAGAUGCCAACUUGGUUUUAUCAACCUUGGUCAAGGAUGCUACCUGUUUUCGAAUAACCUUGCCACCUUUGCUGAAGCCAAUUCCUACUGCCUGUUCUUCGGGAGUCACUUGGCCGACAUCACCAGCAAGAAAGAAGAUGACUUUAUCAGGAGCUACCUUCUUAUGCAUGGCCAAGGUUCUCAAUUCUACAUCGGCGCCACUGACCUGAGAUCAAAGGGCAUCUGGACCUGGGAGCACCCCCUGAGGAAGGUAGUGAGCUACACCAACUGGUAUCCAGGUGAACCCAAUAACCACAAGGGUAAAGAGCAUUGCGUGACGAGUUAUCAUGGGUAUAGUUUCAAGUGGAAUGACAUUCCCUGCAACUCGGAGGUGCGGUUCAUUUGUGAACAAUCUCGUAUUUGAUUUUGUCAUAUAUGCACGAGGAAACUGCAAACGGCAGUCUUGCUGAAUACAAACGUUAAACGUUUA